ACUGGAAACACAUGGUGGUUGUGUUUUACUGCGGUGUUCACCUCAGCAAGGUGCUCGUGAAUUUUACUCUGCUACAAUGGAGUGCCUGGCACGCUUCAUGAUGAGAACUGCGCCAAGUGCUCUACCACUUCUGCGAUUGCAAGCUUCACCUAGAUUUAUUCAACUAUGUGGCUACAAGCGGUCAGUCCCACCAAUGCGAAAGGAGAUGAAAGCUCGUCGGAAGCGAGCAGGCCCCGAGCCCCUGCGGCAUCGCUCCGUUCGUCUGGAAUGGAACUACGACGCAGAAAUUUAUGCAUUCGCCAGGCGCCUGGGCGAAAGCUGGUCCGAUAGCACGCUUAGAGUCGCCUUUGUGCAAUCAUCUUACCUGGAACGGGAAAGGCAACAGCGCGAAGAACUCGGCAUGCAGUCGGAUAACGCGGACAUUGGCCUAACUCCGAACACAGAUCUAUCUGCGGCUGGUUACGGCCUUUGCAAGAGUUACGUGCAAAAGUCCAUCGUAGAAACGUUUCCUAAACUUCCCGAGGAUGGCGUCAAGGCGUUGCAAGACUAUUUGUUGUCGCAUUCCGUCCUGUCGCAAGUUUCAAGCAGCAUUGGCACCUCUGACUUGAUCAUGUGUGCCGAUUUUCCGCCGGAGGACAGCACACUGGCAAACGUACUGAUGGCUUUGAUUGGUGGCUUGCUGAAGGACUGCGGCAUAGAACGAGCUCAGCUGUUCAUUCGGGACUUCAUUCUGACGCAGCUGAUAGGCAAGGAUGUGUGCGAGCUGUGGGAAAUUGAUGACCCCCACGACAGACUCGCCGCCGUGCUGCAGAAUUCCGGUAGAGCUCCCGCUGAAGCGAGAUUACUGUGGGAGUCUGGAAGGAACACUCUUGAAGCCACUUUCUGUGUUGGGCUUUACUCAGACAAGCAAUUUCUUGGCUGCAGCGCAGGCGAAACAUUGACUGUAGCCACAGAAAUGGCAGCUAGAGAUGCUCUCCGCCGUUUAUUUGGUUUGUCGCUUGACAGAAAUGCUAUGCCCCUGGCAUUGAGGCAUGGCCAGGGAACCCAGACGAACUCAGUGGCAGCGCUGUGACGUAUCAUUCUGUAAAUUUGGUGACUUGUGUAACAUGUUUGCUUGACAUUGUGUAUCAUAGAUAUGAGUAUAUUCGCCAAUAAAUGUGCUUGAAGCACGUUCUUUAGGCUACUG